GACUGUGGUAUCACAUACCCUCAUGUCUGUGUCCCUUCUUCCCACACAACAACCUAUAAAUAUAAGCUCACAUCAUUCCACUUGUCUUUCUUUUUGGAUUUUGAUGUGUGUGGAGCAAAGCCGGCAAAAUGGUUUCUCAGGGGAUUCAGAUCAUUGGUAUAUCUAUGGCUGUGAUCGGUUGGUUCAUGGUCAUCGUGGUGUGUGCCUUGCCAAUGUGGAAGGUCACUGCUUUCAUUGGAGCCAACAUUAUCACAGCUCAGACCAUCUGGCAGGGCAUGUGGAUGAACUGUGUGGUGCAGAGUACAGGACAGAUGCAGUGCAAGGUGUAUGACUCCAUGCUGGCUCUGCCACAGGACCUGCAGGCCGCUCGUGCCAUGAUUGUCAUCUCCAUCCUGACUGGAGUCUUUGGAUUGGUCGUGUCAGUCGCUGGUGGGAAAUGCACUAACUGCAUAGAGGACGAGCGAUCCAAGGCGAAGGCUUGCAUCCUGGCUGGAGUUUUGUUCAUCAUCUCGGGGUUGCUCUGUCUCAUUCCAGUCUCUUGGUCUGCCAACAGCAUCAUCAACAAUUUCUACAACCCACUGUUGAUCGAAGCCCAGAGGUAUGAGUUAGGAGGGGCGCUGUAUAUCGGCUGGGCGGCUGCGUCACUGCUGCUGAUGGGAGGGGGACUACUGUGUUGGAAUUGCCCACCGAAACAUGAACACCCCCACUACGUACCCAAAUUCACACCUGUGAAGUCAGUCUCCACAUCAAGAGAAUACGUAUAAGAUGGUUUGCACUUCCUACAUGGACUCUUGAGGUCACAGGAAUGGCAACAGAGAAAUAAAAUCAUACAACCUGCCAAUUUAACUAUAGAAUGAAAUCACAACUUGCCAUGAGCUGAAUCCUGAGUUUUGAUUGACUGCAUGUUUCAACCUGCAUGUGGACCUUUCUCACAGGGGACAUUUUGUCCUGUCAAGCAAGUUUAACUAAAAGCAUAAACAAAGGCUUCAUUGCAUUUAGUUGUGUCAACGGGGCUCUGAGAUUGUGCAGGCUGGCUCACUGUCACACCUAGAUGGAACGAAGCUGUAUUCAAUGUUACCACUGAGCAUGUUCCUGCUAUGAUGAGUUUGUUUGAGAAAAGGUUUGCUGUGGAAAAUGUCUGUUCACUUAAACACCAGAAACUUCAUUCAUGUCUCAGUAUAAACUUGAUACUAAAAAUAAAGUUAACUUAAAACUUAAAAUGAAAAAGCCUUUUUUAAAUCUACGUUGUUUUUUUGUUUUUUUUUGUGGCUGGUUGAUGAAUAACCAGGAUUUGUAUCAUGAUUAUAAUUAAUCUGUGUAAAUAUUUAGUCAGAUUCUUGUAAGGAUUUCCCAGUGUAAUUAUCUUUAUUGUCUUUCAGAUGGUAACAUCUCAACAAAUAAAUGGAGGAAAAAACACAGCUUACAUCAUGUAUAACUUGCAGUAUACGAUAUAUAAUGUCUAACUAACAAAUUUCACAUCUCUUACGUCUGUCUUGAUAACAAAAAGGGUGUCAGUUAUUGUUCUCUCCUGCAAAAACACUUGUUGGUUUAAGGAAAGUCUAAGCAUUUUUAUCUGUAUCACGUAAAAAUCUGUUUCUAAAUCUUGUCAUGUUACUGUAAAUAAACUAUACACUCA